ACAUAGGCUUCACACACUUCACACACACACACCAGGUCUGUCUAACCACCAAAGAGCUGUUGAGGCUAUCAGCCUAUUUAGUUAUUUUGAUUGGGUACAAUUUCUGAGUCUGUAUUUAAAAUCAGAUAGGAUACCCAUAGGGACGGGCUGCUAUGUCGCUGUGAGGACGCAUCAACAAACCGAAGAGGGGAACCAACGUGCUCUGAAUACAGACACCAACUAUUGACACCUAAUGUAGCCUUGCUCACCGCUCCUUUAGGACAAAGCCAACAGCUAAUCGAUCAGAGGACUCGCUGUUUAGCCUAUAGGCCUAUCUGUUUUCUAAUUAAAACAGGAAAAGGUUUUCAGUUUUAACACGUUAUUUUAUCGGGAUUAUUCACCUGUUGUCUUUGAACAAUCUCCGCUUUAUUCCAGAGGGAGACAUUGGCCACCCGCCAUCGGCUCUCCGAAGCGCACAGAAAAUAAGCAGUAGCCUACACAUACUAGCAAGUCCCCAAAGACGAGAGCUGUCUCUUGCUUUGACAUGCUGUAGUGGUUUUGUCUGGACUGGACUUAUGGCUUCGCUGUAUCAGAGAUUCACCGGUAAGAUUAAUACGAAUAACUCUUUCCCGCACCCACCUGAGGCCAGCCACCUACUCGGCGGACARGUCGCGGAUGAGGAGAACAACACAGGGAAGACCUAUCAGCCCGUCGCCGACGGCAGAGCCCAUGUUCCCUACCGAAAGAAAAAUGCGAGCGAGGACGAGCAUGAGCUGGUGGGCAGUGCCCCUCCACAGAGGAACUGGAAGGGGAUAGUCAUCGCCCUGCUGGUCAUCUGCAUCAUCUUGUCUCUGAUCGUCACCUCUGUCAUCCUGCUCACCCCAAUUGCAGAUGAUAGCCUUGCCAACAAAAAGAAAGUCACCAUCGAGGACAUCUUCGGAGGAGACCUUCAUGUGCAUGAUCCCGACGCUACAUGGCUCAGCGACAAUGUACUGCUGUAUCGAACACAAGAAGGGGAUGUGGUCAAACUCAACGUCGAAACACAGGAGAGGGUCGUUUUGGUGGAGAACAGGAAGUUUGAAACGUAUAAAGCCACCAAGUACCAAAUAUCUCCAGACCUGGAACAUGUGUUGUUGGCCUACAAUGUGGCCCCAGUCUACCAGCACUCCUACAUGGCAUUCUACAUCAUCUGUAGUCUCAUCACCCCGGAAACGUGGAGUCUGAAUCCUCCUGAGGUACGGAACGCCCUCCUGCAGUAUGCUGGAUGGGGACCCAAGGGCCAACAGUUGAUCUUUAUCUUUGAGAACAACAUCUACUACAGAGCGACAGUGGAGAGCAGAACCAUUCGCCUGGUGUCCACAGGGAAGGAGCGAGUCAUCUUCAACGGCCUGAGUGACUGGCUGUAUGAGGAGGAAAUACUGCAGACCCACAUAGCCCAUUGGUGGUCUCCAGACGGUCUCAGACUGGCCUAUGCCACCAUCAACGACACCCUGGUGCGCAAGAUGGAGGUACCCAUCUUCACUGGCGCCCUGUAUCCAACAGGGCUGGAGUAUCACUACCCUAAGGCCGGGGAGGACAACCCUGUAGUACACCUGUCUGUGGUGAGUCUGAACGGACCCCUUCACACGGUGGAGAUGAAGAAGCCAGACGACCCCAGGAUAGGAAGAGAAUAUUACAUCACAAUGGUAAAGUGGGCCACCAGCACCAAGCUGGCAGUCAACUGGCUGAACAGAGCUCAGAACAACUCCAUACUGACACUGUGUGAGGCCACCACAGGAGUCUGCACCAAGAAACAUGAGGAUGAAAGUGAGGGCUGGCUACACAGACAGAACGAAGAGCCACUCUUCUCCCAUGACGGAUACAAGUUCUUCUUCACCAGAGCUAUUCCUCAGGGUGGAAGGGGAAAGUUCUUCCAUAUCUCCAUGUCCACCUCCCAGCCAAACACCAGCACAGACACUCUGCAGUCCCUGACAUCAGGAGACUGGGACGUCACUCAGAUACUGGCCUACAGCCAAGACAGGCAGCUCAUAUACUUUUUAAGCACAGAGGAUGAUCCAAAACGACGACACCUCUACAGUGCGGACACCAAUGGCCCAUUUAAUCGCUGCUGUCUGUCGUGUGAGUUCAAGUGUGGCUAUGUGGACGGCUCCUUCAGCCACAACAUGCAGUACUUCCUGCUCAACUGUAAAGGCCCUGAUGUACCCAGUGUUGCCAUCUACAGUACCAAAGACAAACAGAAGGUCCUGGACCUGGAGACUAACGAGGGAGUGAAUAACACGUACCACASCAUGCAGAUGCCCAAAGUGGAGUACGAGACCAUCACCAUAGACGAUUACACUCUGACAAUGCAGAUCCUGAAGCCAGCUGGUUUCAUARACACAGCUCACUACCCCCUACUGCUACUAGUGGACGGAACACCUGGCGGACAGAUGGUGACAGAGCAGUUCCAUGUGGACUGGGCCACGGUGCUGGUGAGCAGUUACAGCACCAUUGUGAUCCGCUUCGAUGGCCACGGGUCCGGGUUCCAGGGCACCAAGCUCCUCCACCACAUCAGGAGGAAACUGGGUGUGAUCGAGGAGAGGGACCAGAUGGAGGCCCUCAGACUGAUAUCCAAAGAAAUGUACAUCGACAAAAGUCGAAUUGGAGUAUAUGGAAAGGUUUACGGAGGAUAUUUGGCCACAAUGCUUUUAAGUUCUGAUGACUCCCUGCUUAAAUGUGGAGCCGCCGUCUCGCCCAUCACAGAUUUUGAGUUAUACGCUUCAGCAUUUUCAGAGAGGUACCUUGGAUCACCAAAGACAGACUCUCGAAUAUACUCGAUGGCAAGUUUAGCACACCGGGCAGGUCGUCUCAUGGACAGGAAGUACAUGAUUAUCCAUCCAACUGCUGAUGAGAAAGUCCAUUUCCAGCACUCUGCAAAAUUCAUCAAUCAUUUAAUCAACGAGAAGGCAAAUUACUCUUUACAGAUCUACCCAGACGAGGGACACUUCCUGCAUAGCGAUGGCACUCGGCAACACCUGAGCCAAUCACUGGUCAACUUCUUUGAGGAGUGUUUCCGACUGCCGGACUUACCGAGCGAGGAAGAGAAGGACAAGGAGGAUGAGGGCGAUGGUUAAACCAGCUGACACAUGGUUAACGCACUGGCCAGUUACUACAGCACAAUAUGCAACAAAUCUUUCUCAACUCAUUACCCCCACCCAUAGCCUGGUUCCAGAUCUGUUUGUGCUGUCUUGCCAACUCAGCUGGUCAGCUAAUGAUCAUUUAGAGUUGGCAUUGGUGAAACAGAUCGAGGAUCAGGCUAACCUACUCCAUCCUCUGUAUAAUUUGGGCUCCUCUUUAGGGCACAGUACCUGCAUGUACCAAUAACCUCACACCUCACCCUUUUCCUCUUCUUCUUCAUCACUUCUGGUUGGCUGACAACUGGACUGGCCAGCAGACAUCAAAUUGUGCUGCUGUUUUUAUCCUCUUAGAUGUAACGGCAAAAUUUAGAUUUUCGCCUAAAUAGACAUACUCAAAGGUAACUACUAUUCAUGUGUAAUUACAUAAUUCUGACAUGCAAAAACUUGGUAUAUUUGGAAAGAUGACAUCUGGGAGAUGAUCAGAAGAUAGGAGUUACAUAGUUCAGAAUACACAAGAUCAAGCACACACAAAAUAAUUUUUAUUUUAUUUUUGAAAGUAAUCUUUCAUUGACAAGCUAUAAGGGAAUUAUUGAUGCCAAGAGCUGGAAACACAUGAUGGCUUCCACAUGUGAACAAUAUCAGAAACAAAAUGGGAUUGAUAGACCUAACAACUAGAAAUGGGCAGAUGUGCCAGGUGUGGUCACAGAAUGUUUCCAAGUGUCCCUAAACCUCUCCAAAGUGGCAUUUGUCUGUAAAUUAGAUAAUUCCAGUGUUCUUACAUAUCUGGAAUCCCUUAAUGCGAAUUGUUCAGUAUAAAACACAAUUUCUACCAUAUCAACCUCACGCAAACAUUGUGGUGGUGUUAUUCAAGUGUCCUUUCAACCYCUCCAAAGUGUCCAAAUGUGGUAAUUGCACUGUUUUUGCACACUGGAUGUKCCCAAAAGUUAAUGUUCACUAUAAAAACUAAAUUUCUACAACACCAACCUCUCUCAAACAUCUGCGGGGUGUGAGGGGACAUACAGGGGAUAUCCAAUGUGUUUUCAUCAUAUUUUUCAUGCGCAAAGAUAGUGACUCGAUGUUGCCAUUAAGUCAUGUCAUCAGAUACAUUUGGCAAUAGGCUAGAUUUGUUCCUACCAACCUAGAGAUUAAUGUCAUACCCCCAUUUAGCUAUAGCUCAAACACAGACCAAAUCGAAGUUUACCUUGUAAGAUGUCUGCUGUUUGGUGAAAACGUUGUGUAAAAUCAACAGGGGUGGUGAUCAAUAACUGUAGGUCACAGGCAGACAAAUAAGACAUCCUCAUGAUCUGUGGUAUCCUGGUUUACGGUGUGAAUCAACGUAUUCCAUGUUUAUUUCGUUUAUGCUUCACAACGCUAACCAGAAUGUAGGUAGCAGACAUCUCGAAAUGAGGUCAUCGGCUCGGCCUGCCCUUAUGUCCACAUAUGGCAGUAACUCACCACAGCUUCUAAAGGCACAGAUCAACAGCAAAGAUAUUCCGCUUUCCGCAGACACCCUGCUUUUGCAAAUAGGGGCUACCGUUCUCAUACCAGACUGAAUUGAAAAAUGAAAUAGGGCCCCCAAAUAAUGGGUAUUUUACAUUUAAGAGGUUAACAUCAGAAUUACGGAAACAAUCAGAAACGUUCUGGUGGUUGGUGAAUUAUGUCAUUUGACGAUGGUACCAAAAACAGGUACCACCUCUAUGUCCUCCAUCCUUACUGCAUUGGAAUUGAUUAGCCAUAACAUUCGUAGGGGAAAUGUUGUGCUAUAGACUUGUGUGUGGGGGAGAGAUGCAACCCUCGGGCGGUGUGGACUCUGGUAAAACAUUUUUUUUUUAUCUUAGCAGUGAUCCAAGUUCUUUUGGACCAAAUAAACUGGUCACUGAAGGAGACCAGUAAACCCACUUGUGGAUAUCAGAUGCUGUAGUGAACCACCCCAACGGCAUCCAUUUAGGGACGCACCCCCACACGUCUACAGCGCAAAAUAUCCCCUAUUCCCUUCCCAAAUAUCAUUGCUAAUCAAUUCCAAUGCAGUAAAGAUGGAGGGAACAUACAGGAGCUACCCAUGGUUGGUACAAUCAUUAUAAAUGACAUAAUUCACCAACCACUGGCAACUUUCUGAGGAUUGUAUCCAUGAUACUAAAACAGCAGUAGCAUUUCUUUCUCUUAAUUGGGGUUUGUAAUGUUCAGUAUGUCUUUCAAGUAUAUAUGUUUUUGAAUUGAUGUACGGUGGUUACAUUUGGACGUCCUUUCCAAAUGAGGACACAAUGUUUGAUCCUACAUGUUUGUUAACUAUUUUGACCUCUUUUGGGAUUAUGACAUUCAGUAGGACAUGUAUUUUUCUCCUGUCAUUUGGAAUGGAGCUCUAGUGUUGUGUUAGUCACUGUGCCUUACUACUAGGGGUAAACCAAGGUAUUCAUGUCAGGGACUAUAAACCCUUCAAUGGAAAUGUCAUUUUUCAUGUAAGCAAGAUUGGUCAAAGCCAGCCCCCAGUUGUCCUUCCUCCAACAACUGCAGGCACAUGUGGAGCUCUAUAGUUAUAUAUAAACAAAUAUUGUACAACAUGACACGUAAUGACUUCAGUUGAAUCGUUAACAAUCUGACCAGUCCGUAUGUAGGAAAAUGUGAUUUUAUAACACCCAUGAUAUAUGUACUAUAUAACACAGUAAUAUUGUGCUUGUAUAAUAGACACCUGGCCAUGUUCUGGCUGUUGUAACUACAUCAAAGGUUCUUGAGGCACAUUCAGUGUAUCUUUUCUAAUUUGGCAAGUCACAAUGUUUGGUUAUUUGUUAAACAGCUUGAAUGUCCGUCGACAUGUCAUUUCUGUUAGUAUUGUCAGUGAAAGUUUCUAGUUAGCUGAUGUACAAAAUGUAUAAAUCUUACAUUGUUGAAAAGUCCUGAACUAUGUGUGUGCGACUUGUACAUAAAGCAUUUUCAAAUUUA